AUGGUUCUACGUGAUACCGUAAUCCGUAUCAUGUUCUUGAACCUUUUGAAAGUCAAUCCUAAGUUUCUUCACCUCACUUUUGACUCCACUGUGUCACAAAACAACAAUAAUAGACGGUUGAUCAUCGUUGCCAUCUUUGUUAUGGUAUGGGGAUACGAGUACGAGGGGACGGUUCGUCCAUUGAAGAGGAUGAUUCCGCCGAGCCAUGAACUCGAUCUUACUCAGCUUGGGGCAUUUGAUUCUGCUCGGCAUGGAAGGAUGUUACAGUCUCAUGUCCAUGGAGCCUUCAGUUUUCCGGUUGAAAGAGGCACAAAUCCGAUUUCCAGGAUUUACUACACGACAUUACAAAUUGGGACACCGCCAAGAGAGUUCAAUGUGGUAAUUGACACCGGAAGUGAUGUUUUAUGGGUUAGCUGCAUUUCUUGCGUCGGUUGCCCUCUUCAGAAUGUUACUUUCUUUGAUCCUGGAGCCUCAUCCUCAGCUGUAAAGCUGGCAUGUUCUGACAAGAGGUGUUUCUCGGAUCUACAUAAGAAAUCUGGUUGUUCUCCACUUGAGUACAAGGUGGAGUACAGUGAUGGAAGUUUCACCUCCGGCUACUACAUCUCAGAUCUCAUUUCCUUUGAGACAGUUAUGUCCAGUGUAGCAACUUACAUGCUGGACUAAUAUCACUGCCAGAGACAUCGAUACAUGGCAUCGUUGGGUUAG